AUGGGCGGUCUUAUGUCCCUUGGGAGGUUACAAAGAAUGUUUGGAUCAACAGUAUAUCCACAGGUGUCUGAGUUUCAUGACCAGAUGACCUAUGCCAGUGAAAACCUCUCACACUUGAUUCCCUCCGCAAACAUUCCACAUCCAUGGAACCGAGGUGCUAGUCUUUUACAAGAUUUUGUGAUGGUCACAGAGUUUUCUGAACUGGAAGGACCUAAACCUUUGUUUGUGCAACCUUCUGAAGGACUUGGUAAUUUUGACAUCAAUGCUUUUGCUGUCAAAAUUAUGUCUGUUGACCAUCAACCACCAAAGAAUGGUUUUACACUUAUUGAGGACAAGCAAGUUCUUUUAUCUGAGACAGCUGAACGGGUUUCUGCUUAUGUGUAUUAUUUCAUUCUGUAUGAUUCCCAAGCUCGUGGAUAUGUGCGGCCAUUUUGUAUGGCUUAUGUAACACCCGAUUGUAGAAAGUUAGUUACAUUUUACAAAGAAAUACAUGAAGCAUUCUCUAAGGUUUCCCAUGAUCUCAAAGUUGGCAACCUCAGAUUAUUUGCAACUGAAAUGAGACAUCAACUCAGGGACCUGGAUUACAGUUUUGACUGUUUGAUCAAACUAUCAAAGCAAGAAGAAAUUUUAGCAGCUCCUCCACCAGAAGAAUCAUCAGUUACGUCAGAUUCUUCAAACAUUACAUUACAAAGUGUGAAGCUUUUAAAAGAAGAAACGGAAGCCAUCUUAGAAGUGCUACAGCAAAACAAAGCUCUCUUUGAGAAUUCAUUUGUAGAAUUCCAUACCACAACAUCUGUGGAUUGUAAAUGUGAUAUUGAUUCUCAAGAUGGCAGUAGCUGUGGCAGCUUUAAGGAGACUGAACUUGACUCUCUGCAUCAGAGAGCUCCAGUUUUCUCAAAGGAUCAUUCCAAAUCAGCAGCUAGAAGUGAUAAUCACCAUAAUAUUGCUGGACAGACAAAACAUUUAGCCUAUCGACCUUAUGGAGACAGUAGUAGCAGUGAGUCUGAUCUCGAGAAGCGACUGUGUGAUCAUCAUGAAAGCAAGGCCCAUAUCAUACAGCCUGGGCAGGAACGAGCGUCCACCAGUUUUUCUCAGAAACCUUUAGAAAUUGUCCACAAUCAUGUGACUCGAUUAAAUGAAUCUGAUUUUUCCACAUCAUCCACUUCUUCACAGCUGGAUCAUCCGGCCCUGGACCAUUCUGACACAGCAACAGCUUUGAUAGAAAGCAGAGCAGAUAAACUUGAACAUGUUCUGCUGAUGGAUGAUGAAAUCAAUUACAAGCCCAAGUUGUAUAAGCCUCCAAGCAGGAAACGAUUUGAAUUUAUGCUUCGUAAUCUAAAAACACUGUGCCUCAAUGAAUCUGGGACUGACCAGUGGAAGCAGUUGGGACUCAUUCAACAGCAUUUCAGUCAGGAUUUAGCCAUUCUAAAGAUGCACAGGCUGGAAAAAAGUUUAGCAGAUCCUUCAUGUGCUCUCGUCACAUUUGGUGGAUGUAUUACAAAUAAUUUCUUACAUGGUUUAUACAGGUGCGAUUUAGAAUCAGAAUUUGGAACAUCGAAAAAUCUCAGGUCCUCUGUUGAAAAAUUCUCUGCUAAGAAUGACACUAUGAAUGAACUGACAAGAAUAUCCAUCCAUUCAAUGCCUUCAGAGGAUGCAGCAGCAUCAUCAUCUUCCUGUCUUAACUUAAACUCUGACCUAUCACAAUCAACUGAAAGUUCACUCACAUCAUCAUCAUCUCAUCCAAAUCUUAUUCCUAAUCCCAAAUUAUCUCCUCAUCAGCAAAAUGAAGAAUGGAUCAUCUUUCCAUCAAGCCAAAAUGAACCAGAGUCGGCAUCAGAACAGAACCAUGAAAAUUUAUCCUUGUGUUUUACGUGUAGUGAACAUUCCAAAGAGGCUUCCUGUAAUAAUUGUAAAGAACCAAGAAUUGCAGAUAAAGGCACAUUUCACCACAUGCUUUGUGAUACAAGCAGUAGCAAAGGUUCGACAUUGUCCUUUGAUGAAGGCAGUGAUGAUAGUUUUCAUUCAGUCUCCAGUAUUCAGUCAUUGAUUUGGCCAAAGUCAUAUUUAUGGAAGAAACCAUGUAGAAUUUUAGCCGAUCUUCUUCACAGUAAAGAACAUGAACAACAGGCUCAGAGUUUAAUGCACAUCUUGCAGCAAUACCAAAAUCUAAACCAAUUAGUGGCCAGUAUUUUGUCUGGCCGUCCUGUUGUAGUGAUUGGUAAAAGUCAGUCUGAAGAGGAAGUGAAGACUAUUAUUGAUGCCUUUUCUCUGUUUCUUCCUGGAAAUCUCAGGGACCACAAAAAGAGAACUGUUCCCUGGUUAAAACGUCCAUUACAUUUAAAGGACCUAUCAAAAAUGCAAUUGGUGGGUUUGUGUAGGCCAUCUAAACGAAGAUAUUGUGUAAUACCAUUGUCACUAAUGAGCUAUGUCAGUAUUUUGGAUAUUGAGCAAAGGUUGGUGGUGGCCCCACAUUAUCAGGGAAAAAUUGUGAAUUCAAUGCUCAGACAGCUUCAACAAUUUCAAAACAGCCCAAAUGUUUACCUGUCGUACAUACACAGUUGUUUCCAGGAAAUGUCAUCCAAAGCAUUUCUCUAUUACCAUUCCUUUUGCAUGACAUCUGUGAAUCCAAGUUCCAAUAAUGGCUGUGUUAGUCUGGAGAAACUCAGCAAAGAAUUUAAAGACACAUCAGAACAAUUUCUUAAAACCUGCAACAUUCUUCAUGGAGACCGCAAAAUUAUUGAGUACAUUGCCAGCCUUGUGUUAAAACAGGUGCUGAAAGAGACACAGGCAAAAAGCGCAACUAGAAUUUCAGACAGUGGGAGCAGCCGAUUACAUAUAUCAUACAAACCAAGCUUUAAUCUUGUGCCUCAUAUUUCUUAUAACCACCUCCCAACCUUCCCUUUCUCUGCUUCAUUUGUUCAUCAGCGACUGCAACGUUUCUUCUAUAUAUUUCCUUUUAAGUAUCAUUCAUGUCCCCAACCAAAUUCUAUCUUUUUAUUUUUUACUCCAUCUCUACCUUCAUUCUUUUCCUCUUUUCAGUUCUCCCUCUCUCUCCUUCUCCACUCUCUCCUACAUUAA